ACCAAGUAAGGCCAAACCAAACCAAGGAAAGGAUCUACCCAAAGAUGCAUCCAAAGAAAUGAAGAGAUCAACUUUCAAGCCUAAACGUCUCUUGAAGAUUUCUGCUCCAAAAAUUCCAUCCGUGAUUGUCAAAAAUCCAACCACCGAAAAUAGAGACAAGAAAAGAAGCCUUGUGAUUUGUGAUUGGGACAGCAACUCUAGCCAAGGUGAUCGUCACUGGAAUCGCCCCAAGAAGCAGAAAAACAUAGCCCAAGUCACACCCUUGGAGGAUAUCCACAUUGACACGGACGGUUUUUUCCAAGAUGUGCCUGAUAGUAGCACACCUUUGGAGGAUUUAGAAGCACACUUGGGAGUCAACAACUUGAAUCUUGGUGAUGAACUAUACUCUCAAAGUAGUGGAGGUUCUAUAUAUGGUCCAGAUUCCUUUGGAUUACUUUCUCGUAAGGGAAGAUCUGUCGAAGAAGCAUCAUGUCAAAUUUCUCAUGAGAAGGCUCCUAUUGACAUGCCCAAAGUGCUAAUAACAAAACCAAGACAAUUUCGAGUGAGACCUUCUGAUCCCACGUUAUCCGAUGUUAGUGUCUUUCAAGGGAUAGAUGUGAUUGCUAAAAGUCGGCGCAAGUAUGUCUCAGGGUUGUGGUCCCAACUUUCACAUAAGAUCGAGAAAACCAGCUUGGAUCAUGUCGACGAUAUUGAAGAUGAGGCUGAGAAAGUCCUCGAAGAGAUGAGAAACAUGAAAGUAAUGGACAUUUCUCCAUUACAGUGCAACCUUAAAAGCUUCUUUGAUUAUAUUUGGUCAUACAAAAACCGCUCCACUUCUAUCAAAUCAUGUGCAAGUCAGCUGACAAAUAUUUCUCAAACUCUUUCUCAUGCUAAAAUCAGAGAAAAUGAGGUAAUUAAAGAAUCUAAACUUCAUCAACAAGAAUUUGAAGCCCUUGAAGUUGACAGGGCUAAGUUGAAAAGAGCAUUGGAAGGCAUAGACACCAAGCUGAAGGCCAAAGAAGAAGCGGUUGUUGCAAAUGAAGGAGAAUUAUCCAAGGUGCAACUUGAGAUCUCUAACCUUGAAGAUAAGGUCUCUGCUAUCAAGAAUGCCGCAGUACAGACUGAUGAAGACAUUGCAAAAUUGGAGGAGAUGAGAAGGUUGCUUGAAGCAAAUCAAAACGAGUUGGCGAACGUCAAGCUAUUUCCUUAGUUUUAGUCUUUUUUUUUUUGCUAUUAGGAAAGAUUGUUUCCCUUUCUUCAUUGUUAAUAACAUUUGGUCUACUUAUUCAUUUGAGGAAUAUAGCAAACACAAUUUGUCAUUAUUGAUUAGAGGAAAGACUGUUUCCUUUUUUUUUGGUGCAUGAUUAAUAACACUUGAUCUACUUAUUCAUUUGAGGAAUA